UGGACCCCGCCGGCCAGUACCCGCCUCUGCCGCCUGUUGGUUGCUCGGGUCCUCGAAUUAGCCAAUGAGAAGUACACAGGUCCUGGUCGCCUGGGAAACCGCGUGACAACAAGAUGGCGGUGCCGGGACAGCUAGCUGUCCCUGUGUGGGUGUUCCUGAUAGGUAGCAUCUAGACUAGAACUAUGAGCUCACCUCUGGCCUCCCUUAGCAAGACCCGGAAAGUGCCCCUGCAGUCGGAGCCUGUGAACCCUGGGAGGCGAGGGAUAAGAAUCUAUGGAGAUGAAGAUGAGGUGGACAUGUUGAAUGAUGGACAUGGCUCUGAAGAAAGGAUCGCUGUCCCUUCCUGCUAUGGUGGUGUAGCUGCCUCUGUGAGGAGCCAAGGUGAGAGCAGCCUGGAUCUCAGCUACAGGAGGGCCCCAGAGAAGGGCCCUGCCUUCCCGGACCCGGAGCUGUUGGUCUCCAUGAGGAGGAAGCUGCAGGAGCUGGAGCAGCAGGUGCAGGCCCAGACUGAUGAGAUGCUGUCCAAGGACCAGAAGAUCCUGGCCCUGGAAGAGUUGGUAAAGACCCUCCAGCAGCACCAGGGUGAAGAGACCAUGAAGCGGCAGGAGGAGCUGGAGACCUUGUGCGUGCAGCUGCAGCGGCAGGUCGGGGAGAUGGAGCAGUUCCUCAGUGACUAUGGCCUGCAGUGGGUAGGAGAGCCCAUGGACCAGGAGAACUCGGAGGACAAGACAGUCUCAGAGGAUGAUGCGAGGGACUGGAUGACAGCCAAGAAGUUCUGGAAGCCAGGGGAUUCGUUAGUGCCUCCUGAAGUGGACUUUGACAGGCUGCUGGCCAGCCUGAAGGAUCUCAGUGAGCUGGUGGUAGAGGGUGACACACAGGUGAUACCAGUUCCUGGAGGGGCACGGCUCCAUGCCCUUGAGCCCAUCCCGCUAAAGCUCUACCGGAAUGGCAUCAUGAUGUUCGAUGGGCCCUUCCGGCCCUUCCACAACCCUGCCACACAGCUGGCAUUGCCCUUCCAUUCCCUGCUGCAGUGCUGCCUCCGGGACAUACUGGAUGGCUUCUUCCCUUCAGAACUCCAGCGACUGUACCCCAGUGGAGUCCCCUUUAAGGUAAGCGACCUGCGCGAUCAGGCCUACCCAGAGGAUGGGCUGGGCCCAUUCCCAGGCGAAGGCUGUGUGGUGGGCUGGCAAAGGAUGCUCAAGGCCUCGGACAGGGUGCCGGAGCACCCAGGGAUGACUGCUGAGAAAUUUCUGAACAGACUCCCUAAAUUUGUGAUCCGACAAGGCGAGGUGAUUGACAUCCGGGGCCCCAUCAGGGAUGCCUUGCAGAACUACUGCCCAUUGCCUAUCCCGAUCCAGGAGAUCAUAGUGGAGACACCUGCCUUGGCUGCUGAGCAACAGAGGAGCCAGGAAUCACCCAACACACCAGCACCCCCACUCUGCAUGCUGCGCGUCAAGUCUGAGAAUGGGGAGCAGGCCUUCCUUCUGAUGAUGCGGCCUGAGGACACUGUUGGCACCGUGCGUGCCCUGCUAGCACAGGCCAGUCUACCAGGAUGAUGCACUCACGCUCCAGGACACAGGCCUGAUGCCCAGUGCAAUGCUGCUAAUGCGGGCAUGCAGGGCCCAGCUGCCCAACCCUGGCUUUGGCCCGAGCUUGGGCUCUGGCCCCAGCCCUGAAUAAAGUGCUGCCCCUGACACAAUCAGUUCUACAAGGCUCUCUUGGCAGGGCUCUCUCCAGGGGAAGGGGUAGGCCCAGUUGGGCCAAGGAAGGGUCGGUGCUGACCCUCCCCUUAGUAACUUGAGCCCCAGCUGGUUGGCUUGGUGCUGGGUCUUUGUACUCAAGCUUCCUCUUUCUCCCAGGCAGGGCUAAGGGGAGCCUGUGAAGGGAGGGAUCCUGAGAAGGGAGUGGCCAGGCCUUGCUGGGUUUACAUUCUCAGACUCAGCUGGAGGCAGGAGAGCCUCAUUGUACAUGUGUGCAUCGAUGCACACAGAUCCACAAGCUUGCAGGGACACUUCCUCAGCACUGCAUAAAGCCACUGCCACUACACCCAUGGCCUUAAACUUACAGAACUGCAGCUGUGCACCCACAUCCACAACAUACCCACACUUAGCAAUCUACUCCAACACAGGCAGGCAGCCACUCACUGACAGGCAUACUGAGGGACACCAGCACAUGCAUAUGAACUGGAGGUGGCCCAUCC